AUGGCUUUCGACACACCACUUACGCGCAAGUUGGGGAUCAGGGUUCCCGUCGUCCAGGGCGGUCUCCAAUGGGUUGCAUAUGCUGAGCUUGCAGCUGCUGUCAGUAACGCUGGCGGUCUUGGAAUUAUCAACGCCCUAACCCAGCCGGAUCCAGAGCACCUACGACAGGAAAUCAGAAAGACAAGGUCGUUGACGCGGAACCCCUUUGGAGUGAACAUCACCCUAUUGCCCGCCCUCAACCCUCCCGACUAUCCCGCGUUCACUCGAGCCAUCAUCGAUGAGGGCGUCAAGAUCGUCGAGACCGCUGGGAAUAGUCCUGGUCCCGUUAUAAGAAAAUUGAAGGAGGCUGGUAUCAUUGUGAUCCACAAAGCUACCACAAUCAGACAUGCAAAGGCGGCCAUCAAACUCGGAGUAGACAUUUUGUCAAUUGAUGGGUUCGAAUGCGCUGGUCAUGUUGGAGAGUCCGACAUUGCAUCCCUCAUUUUGAACAGCCGCGCUCGUCAAGAAUUGGGCAACACUCCCUUCAUCGCGUCUGGUGGGUUUGCCGAUGGUUACGGCUUGAUGGCUGCUCUGAGCCUGGGCGCUUCGGGCAUCAACAUGGGUACUCGGUUCAUGUGUACCGUCGAGGCGCCCAUCCACGUGAAUGUCAAGGAAGCCAUUGUCAAAGGAGAUGAACAUCAGACCACGCUCAUUCUGAGGCGGUGGAAGAACACCAGCCGCAUGUAUAGCAACCAAAUGACAGCCAAGACGAUCGAAAUCGAAUCCACGAGCGAGACAGGAGAGUUUGCUGAGGUUGCUCCCGUGGUAAGCGGAGCCAAAGGCAGGGAGGUUCUUACGGGUGGUGACAUCCAACAUGGAGUGUGGUACGCCGGGCAAGUGAUGGGUUUGAUCUAUGAUAUUCCAACGUGUGCGGAACUCAUUGCACGCAUUGAGGAAGAGGCUGGCGAGGUUUUGUCCAACCUUUCGAGUUCAAUAGCGAGUCAACCACAGCCUCCCAGAAGCAAGUUAUAG